UGAAUCCUUUUGCAAGAACGCAAAAUUAAUACCCAAACCCUAUUUCACAUUUCCCCCGUCCACUCUCGUUUCUCGCCGUCCGCCAAACUGACGCCGCCGUUCGCCGCCCACUUUUUCGUUUCUUUGUGCAAGCCGUGCCGGCCUCUCCCCGUGGAGUCGUCGUCUUAUCUUCUCCGUUCAAGAGUUUCCUUGAGCAAGUCCUCGCCAACCUCGGUAGACCUGGACAGCACAAGCGCACAAGAUCUCGAGUUGAGGCUGCCGUUGCUAAUCCGAGCGUUUCCGAUCUCUUGCUUUCUCUCCCACUUCGUGAGCUUCGCCCCCUAGCCAGUCUCUUCUCUAGCAGAAGCUUCCUUUUCCCCUUCGGCGCGGGUAGGGACAUCCCCCUCGGUUUAUUUGUUACGAUCAGAAAAUUAAGAGCGUUCUGGUCCAUCCGUGUUGCUUCCCAAUCGGCGAGCAGCAGCCACAUUGAGUUCAACAUCAAACAUAAAUUCUGGCAAGGUGAACAAUAGGCUGUGAUAGUGGUGAGGACUGUUCGGCAGAAAAUCAGCGGGUUGAGAAGAGCUCUGCGACAACAAGGCACCACCAUUUGGUAUCCACAGGGUGUAGAAUUCCCUAAGGCGAACCCAAAGUGAUCUGAAUCUUCGACAAGGUAAUACCUCUACUCAAGCAAAACCACACCAUUGAAGAGAGCCUAUUGCUAUUUCAGAUUCUAGGUUUUUGCUUGUUAAUCAAGAAAUUAGAAAAGAUGAAGGAAGUUGGACCUGUGGUGUUAUUCAGAAAGCUGUACUGUCUACAAAACAAGCAGAAAGCAAGAUUGUUGGGAUUAGAUGUUGGGCAAAAAUAUGUUGGUUUGGCUGUUUCAGAUGUCACUAAUCAAUCAACGUCACCUUUAAGUGUCUUAGUGAGGAAGCAGUCAAACAUUGAUUUGAUGGCCAAAGAUUUCCAAACAUUAGCGUCUCAAUUUUCUCUUGCGGGUUUGGUUGUUGGUUUCCCUUUUAGCUUGAUGGGCCAAACAAGUGUGGAGGCUGUGCAAAUUAGGCUUUUCAUGGAGAAGCUACGCAAAACAGGGAGACUCGAUGGCCUUACCUACACUUACUGGGAUGAAAGUUAUACGUCAAAGUGUGUUGAAGCUCUUUUGGAGCCUUUGGAUCUACAUCCAGUGAAAUCCAAAACAAUCGUAGACAAGUUUGCUGCAGUUGGAAUACUCCAGGGGUAUUUGGACAACAUGAACAGAGAUUUGAGAUCAAGGAAAAUCACAAUAGAAUGAUGCGACUGCUGGAAAGAUGUCAAGAUGGAACGGUAACACUGAUUCAUAUGUUCUAACAUUAUUAUAGUUGAAUGGAUGAUAUUUAGGAAUAUGAAAGUUGAACAUUAUGUUUCUUUGCAUACUAGUCUUAUUAACGUCUUAAAAAAUUGUAUUUACUUAAUAGAGAUUCUGAAGGUGAGCCUUGGCAGCAAUUUUACAUGGGUUUGAGUUGAGAAAAUAAUCUCUUACAAAAUGUAAGGUAAGAUAAGACUGUGUACAAUAGACGCAAUAUGACUCGAUCCUUUCCUGGGAUCUCGCAUUGGCAUAAAUUUCAUGCAUUGAUCUA